AUGUCAACCCCCACUUCUUCAUAUUCUUACUCGCCCUCAACGUAUUAUCUAGAAAGAGGAGAACUCAUAAAACAAGGUGCAGAAGCGAAAGUCUUUGCUCUAUCUUCUCUCUUCCCUCCUCCAAAGAUAUACAACCCAUCCUCCGCUUCGUGUUCCUCUUCUUCCUCAACCUCAUCUUCAUCAGGGGUAAUAAUCAAGUACCGUUUCCCCAAACAAUAUCGACACCCUUCCCUCGACGCUUCCCUGACAGCCUCGAGAUUGACAUUCGAAGCUCGUUCCCUAGCUAGAGCAGCGAAAUACGGAGUGACAGUCCCGAGGGUAUUGUGGGUUGAUGAAAAGGGGGGAUGUAUAGGUCUGGAGAAAGUGGAGGGAUGGAGUGUCAGGGAGGUGCUUGGUGGUGGAGCUGAGGGAGAGAUGGAGUAUCAGGAUGAAGAAGAGAUCGAACUGGAUAUUAACACCAAUGAUGAUGAGAGAGAUGUAGAUGUUCAGGGGGAGGGGGAGGUUGAAGAAGGGAAUGAAGGAUGGGAUAAGUUGAGGGAAUUGGGAGUAGGACGAGACCACCUGAUGCGAUCGAUAGGCUCAGCAUUAGCUAAAUUACAUCUAACAACUAUCAUUCACGGUGAUUUGACUACAUCAAAUAUGAUGAUUAGGUUGACUCCAGAUAACAAAUCACAGCCUUAUGAGAUUGUAUUGAUAGAUUUUGGAUUAUCGUCAACUGCUCAAUUCCCAGAGAAUUACGCUGUGGAUCUAUAUGUGUUGGAACGAGCGUUCGCUUCUACCCAUCCGAAAUCUGAGAAAUUGUAUGCUGGUGUGCUUGAAGCUUAUGCCAAAGGAUUGGGAGAGAAGAAAUGGAAACCCAUAGAAACAAAGUUGAAAGAGGUGCGGAAGAGAGGAAGGAAGAGAGAUAUGACCGGAUGA